AUGGGUUGUAGUGCUUCUUCCCAAAUAAGUGUGUGUCAGCGUAGUGCUUCUUCCCAAAUAAGUGUGUUUAAGUGUCGAGCUUCUUCGCAAAUAGAUUUGUGUCAGUGUCGUCUUUCUUCCCAAAUAGGUGUGUGUAAGAGUCGUGCUUCUUCACAAAUAGGUGUGUGUCAGUGUAGUGCUUCUUCCCAAAUAGGUGUGUGUCAGUGUAGUGCUUCUUCCCAAAUAGGUGUGUGUCAGUGUAGUGCUUCUUCCCAAAUAGGUGUGUGUCAGAGUAGUGCUUCUUCCCAAAUAAGUGUGUGUCAGUGUAGUGCAUCUUCCCAAAUAGGUGUGUGUCAGUGUAGUGCUUGUUCCCAAAUAGGUGUGAGUCAGUGUAGUGCUUCUUUUCAAAUAGGAGUGUUUCUGUGUAGUGCUUCUUCCCAAAUAGGUGUGUGUCUGUGUAGUGCUUCUUCCCAAAUAGGUGUGUGUCAGUGUAGUGCUUCUUCCCAAAUAGGUGUGUGUCAGAGUAGUGCUUCUUCCCAACUAGGUGUGUGUCUGUGUAGUGCUUCUUCCCAAAUAUUUGUGUGUCAGUGUAGUGAUUGUCCCCAAAUAGGUGUGUGUCAGUUUAGUGCUUGUCCCCAAAUAAGUGUGUGUCAGUGUAGUGCUUGUCAGCAAAUAAGUGUGUGUCAGUGUAGUGCUUCAUCCCAAAUAGGUGUGUGUCAGUGUAGUGCUUCUUCCCAAAUAUGUGUGUAUCAGUGUAGUGCUUCUUCCCAAAUAUGUGUGUAUCAGUGUAGUGCUUCUUCCCAAAUAUGUGUGUAUCAGUGUAGUGCUUCUUCUCAAAUAGCUGUGUGUCAGUGUAGUGCUUCUUCCCAAAUAGCUGUGUGUCAGUGUAGUGCUUCGUCCCAAAUAGGUGUGCAUCAGUGUAGUGCUUCUUCCCAAAUAGGUGUGUGUCAGUGUAGUGCUUCUUCCCAAAUAGGUGUGUGUCAGUGUAGUGCUUCUUCCCAAAUAGGUGUGCGUCAGUGUAGUGCUUCUUCCAAAAUAGGUGUGUGUCAGUGUAGUCCUACUUCCCCAAUAAGUGUGUGUCAGUGUAGUGCUUCUUCGCAAAUAAGUGUGUGUCAGUGUAGUGCUACUUCCCAAAUAAGUGUGUGUAAGUGUCGAGCUUCUUCGCAAAUAAGUUUGAGUCAGUGUAGUGCUUCUUCCCAAAUAAGUGUGUGUCAGUGUAGUGCUUCUUACCAAAUAAGUGUGUGUCAGUGUAGUGCUUCUUCCCAAAUAGAUGUGGGUCCGUGUAGUGCUUCUUCCCAAAUAGGUGUGUGUCAGUGUAGUGCUUGUCCCCAAAUAGGUGUGUGUCAGUGUAGUGCUUGUCAGCAAAUAGGUGUGUGUCAGUGUAGUGCUUCUUCCCAAAUAGGUGUGUGUCAGCGUAGUGCUGCUUCCCAAAUAGGUGUGUGUCAGCGUAGUGCUGCUUCCCAAAUAGGUGUGUGUCAGUGUAGUGCUUCUUCCCAAAUAUGUGUGUAUCAGUGUAGUGCUUCUUCCCAAAUAGGUGUGUGUCAGUGUAGUGCUUCUUCUCAAAUAGCUGUGUGUCAGUGUAGUGCUUCUUCCCAAAUAGGUGUGUGUCAGUGUAGUGCUUCUUCUCAAAUAGCUGUGUGUCAGUGUAGUGCUUCUUCCCAAAUAAGUGUGUGUAAGUGUAGUGCGUCUUUCCAAAUAAGUGUGUGUCAGUAUAGUGCUUCUUCCCAAAUAAGUGUGUGUCAGUGUAGUGCUUCUUCCCAAAUACGUGUGUGUCAGUGUAGUGCUUCUUCCCAAAUACGUGUGUGUCUGUGUAGUGGUUCUUCCCAAAUACGUGUGUGUCAGUGUAGUGCUUCUUCCCAAAUAAGUGUGUGUCAGUGUAUUGCUUCAUCCCAAAUAAGUGUGUGUCAGUGUAGUGCUUCUUCCCAAAUAAGUGUGUGUCAGUGUAGUGCUUCUUCCAAAAUAAGUGUGUGUCAUUGUAGUGCUUCUUCCCAAAUAAGUAAAUAA